AUGGGUGUCAUCAAGACGCUGCUUGCUUUCGCCCAACGAUACCUCAUCACAAACAUGUCGCAAAUCAACGAUCCAUUGAAAGUCGCUGUUGUGGGCGCAGGCAUUGGCGGCCUCUCGGCAGCCAUUGCCCUGCGCAAUGUCGGCCACGCAGUCACUGUAUACGAAAAGUAUCCAUCUGCCUUCACAAGUACCACCUCGCCAUUAUCGAACGCCAUCGCAUUGGGUGCGAACAUCAACCGCAUCAUCGACAAGUGGGGGUUUGAUUUUCCGAAAGCUAAGCCGGGUGUUAACAAGCAGGAGAGAGUCUUCCAUGGCGAAACAUUGCAGCAACUGCAUCACAUUGAUUUCAAGUACAACCGUGAAGAAUUCGGAUACGACUGGUUGUUGAUGCGUAGACAAGCGCUGCAUGAAGGGCUGUUGAGCAUAGCAAUGGCGACGCCAUCGAUGUUACUGCCAAUAGAUAUUCGCAUGGAUCAAGAAGUGAUUGCACUGAGCCCUGAAAAAGGCGCUUUAACUCUCAGGGAGGGAAGAGAGGUGGUCAGUGAUCUGGUUGUAGUAGCAGACGGCGUGCAUAGUAAGCUCAUCGACACUAUCACUAACAACACUACACCUCCCUUACGAGCUGGACGUACGGCAUACCGCUUCAAGAUCUCGCGAGAACAGAUUAUGGCAGACCCGGAUUUGAGAGCUCUCUAUGAGAAAGAAGACGAGGGUAUGUCGUACUUCCAGAUCCCAGAAAAGAGGAUCUACUUCCUCGUCAUCCAAGCAGAUGGUGGAGAAUCAUGGUACGGCCUCCUUAUACAUCCAGCAAUAGCGACCAACAUCGAUGCGAUCCAGAAGUACAACGUGGAAGGCUCCAAGACAGAGUUGCAGAAGCUGGCCGAGAACCUCCACCCGACUGUCCGAAAAUUGUGUAAUCUUGCAGCAACACCGCUGUUGUGGACGAUAUGUUGCAGAGAGCCAUUAACAUCGUGCGUUAACGGUAGAGCGGUUGCGAUUGGAGACGCGUGUCACCCACACUUACCCUCUCACGGACAGGGAGCUGCCGCCGCAGCUGAAGACGCGGCUUCGCUCGGAGUAUUUCUGUCUGGAAUUGCGCAGCCUUUCCUACCGACCAAGGUACCGGCAGCACUUCAGCAAUGGGAGUCUUUCCGAUUACCUCGUGCCAUAGCAGUCCAACUCAUUACCAUAAGGUUUCCUACGCCGAUCGAAGAGUUGGAAUCGAAGAUUCGAGCGCUCGGUUAUGACGACCGAUUACCAGCCAACGUGAAUAGCCAUGAGAGAGCGAUAACACAGUGGCUUUUUGAGUACAAUGUGGUGGCAGAAGCAACGAAAUGCUGUGAGAAAAUCAGACAUAGUUAG